AUGGCCGCGGGCAAUUCAAAAUCCGAGUCUGAGUCUGAGUCCGACACGACUCAUAAAAUCGAGCUGACAGGCAUUGGCAAUCGUAAAGAUACGGAUCCAAUUAAUAGAAGUAAGCACGAAGAAGGAGAGCCAAAGUCUGGACAAGCUAACAGGGCGGAAGAGAGUCGAUUGAAAGAGCGCGAGGAUAGGCCGCUCGUUCUGGAAGAAAGGCACUCACUUUCUAUAGCGGAAACAAAGAAGCGUCGGGCCAGCGUCUACUCCAACGAGAAUCUGUUUAUACCCAAGGAGCUGGCGCGCGGUGAGCUGCAUCUGCGUAGACACCACUCGGCCGUGAAUUCUCUGGAUCAAAUCAGCCGAAACAGUGACUAUUGCAUACGAAUGCUCAAGUUUCCCGUUGGAUCGGGCCGUGCUCGCUUUGUUGCCCAGCAAAUGAAAAGGCGAAAAACAAGAAAAUCAAAGGCUUUGCCGAAGCUACUGCCAGAAGUGCUCAAUCUGGACGAGAACCGGGCUGCCGAGCUAGUUGAUCCGGCUAAGGACGAAUUGUGCAUCAAGCGGGAAUCAAAUGAUGAGAUUUUACCCCUGAACAUGCCCAAUCUGGAUGCGGAUAGAAGUCAACUUCACAGCGAUGACGAGUGCUGCGUCAUACUCGAGGAUAUUGUCAAUUGUUCCCUGCCCGAGUCAGAGGAGGAUGGAACGGAAGAGUUGAUUCAGCGCGUGUCCAAGCGUCAAUUGAAGCGAGCCGCGUGCUCGGAGUUGAAGAUUAAUUGCAGGUGCACAGAGGAAGAUCAGAUGCUGGCCGAACAACAGGAGCUGACACAAUUGCCAGUCUUUCGUUGGCAUAAUCCGGACUACAGUGAUCAGGAUAUUAAAAUGGGUAUAAGGGAGGACCUGGAGCGUAUUAGCUUAUCGGCCAGUGCGGACAUUCAGGUGGCUUUCAGCGAGGUGGCAGCCACAGCAGACGCAGUCGGAGAGCCACAUUUGCGACGGGUGGAAGAGGAGCUGGUGGCGCAGCAGGAAGAGCCAGUAUCAAGCGGGCUGGUAGAACCCACGCCUGUGCUGGCAACGGAUCAGCCAUUGCUGCCACGGAGCUCUAUGGGAGGAGAGGAACAGGUAGAAACUAACGAGCCCGUGGGAGUGGCUCGUUUAUUUAUAUCAGAGCAACAAUCACCGGAGUUUCAGGACGCACAACAACAACAGCAUCCGGUUCAAAGUUUGCAGCAUGUUGCAAAUAUGCCAUGUAUGUUGCCAACUGAAAGAGCGACAACAUUAAGUUCAUCAUCAAUUGAGGAACAUCACACAGAGUUGCAACAACGGUUCAUGCAACGCCUUAUCCUGCCGCGCAUUUACUCCGCCGAUUUAAGCGCCAGCAACCAUGCCAUUAAUUUGUUAAAUGAUAACAUACAACAGCAUUUUGUGGAGUCGCUUAUGCCAAGCGAAUUAUUGCAGCAAUGGUCAAAACAGCAUUUCGAGAAGUACGCCUACUCACAGCAACAAUUGCCGCACGUGUUGCGACAGCAACCAGCUCAGACCCUGCGCCAACAGCAACAGCAACAAUCUUACCUUCAGGAGCAGCACUUGGAGGCGGGGCAGAAGGAACUGCAUCAGCUGAAUGCACAGUAUCAGCAAUUGAAGUGCCAGGAGGAUGAGCAGCUCAAGAGUAUAAACAAAACCCUGAAGGAGAUUUAUGCCAAUCGGCUGCUUUGUGAGCGGCAACAUGCUGAAUAUCACAGAAGUUUCAUGCACAAAAUGGUUGAGAGCAAAAAGCAUGAAGAAAAUCUACAGGCACACAAGAAUCAGCUGAAAAGACAGCUGCAGGCGGAGCUAAGCAGCCUGGAAGAACGUAUUUCGGAAAAACAACGCCAAUUGCAGGAUCGAACGAGAACAUGGCAACAUUGUCAACAGCUGCAGCAGCAGCAACAGUUGCAACAACAACAGCAGCAA